AUGGCCUUUCCUCAAUUUCAGAGCGCGCUUACUGCCCUCAAGGAAGGACAAUACACCCUCAACACCGCCCACCAUCUACCGUCAAACAACCCUCUACCUUCGUCAUAUGUUCUUAUCCGGGUAUCCUUUAUCGCUCUGAACCCAUGUAACUGGAAAAUGGUAGAUUUCUCUCCGGCAAUCGGCACUGUGGGUGGUAACGACUUCAGCGGCCAGGUUGUGGCCAUUGGGUCGGCCGUUAGUAAGUGGCAGAUCGGAGACUCCGUCUGUGGUUUUCUCUACGGCCUUGAUCCGCACACCGGGGAGGGAGAAUGGGCCGGGGCUUUUGCUGAAUACGUGAGCGUUCGCGAGGACCUACUCAUGCGUGUCGUCGAGAACAAAGUCAGCAUGGCCGAAGCGGCUUGUCUCGGAGCCGGCGUGGUAACAGCGGGCAUGGCGCUGCGAGAUCUGGGUAUCCCCUUAACGGAGACCGGUCUGGGAGAUUUGAGUGUGCUUAAAGAGGAGAGCGGGGUUAUUGGGACCAGAAAAUCAAAUACACGCCCGUACAUCCUGGUGUAUGGAGGCAGUACCGCGACAGGGACCAUGGCAAUUCAACUGGCCAAAUUAGCAGGAUACAAUCCAGUCACAACCUGUUCACCUGCCCACAAUACUCUGGUUGAGUCCUAUGGGGCUGUCAAAACCUUCGACUACCACUCUGCAUCAUGUGGGGUGGCCAUCCGCGCCUUUACCAAGGGUAAGCUAUCUCUUAUACUCGAUUGCAUCACCUCCACGGAUAGCAUGAAAAUCUGCUAUGCUGCUAUGGGCGCUCGAGGGGGAAAGUAUGUUGCUCUGGAACCACCGGCAACUCGCAUUGCUGCGCGCAAGGACGUACAAAAUGACUGGGUCAUGGCGUUGACCAUAUUUGGGAAACCAGUCGAUCUGAAAGGUCCAUUCGGACGAGAUGCUGUGCCCGGUGAUUACCAGUGGGCGUCUGACUGGUAUGAACUGGCAGAGAAGCUCGUCGAGGAGGGCCUGCUGAGACCGCACCCUACAUCUGUUCAACCAGGAGGAUGGGAGGGAAUUUUGGAAGGCAUUGAACAGUUGAGAUGUGGACAGGUUAGGGGGAGGAAACUUGUUUUUGCUGUUGGUGAAUAA